AUGGAGGCAUCAGGCAAGAUCCUCUCUCUGGACAGGCAAGAGGCCAAAAAGGUGCUGGAAAUCUAUGUCAGGCGCUCGCUGAGCUGCUGUGAGAGCUCCAUGGUGGCCAAGAAGAAGUGUCAGGAGCGAGCCAGGAGGCAGGGCAGGAAGGCAGAUGGGCCACAGCGGUCGAAAAGUGACUCCUGCAAGAGCUCAUGUGCCAAACUCAGCACCAAGAAGGACCAGGAGGAAGGACCCAAAGCAGCAGGCCUGGAUGAGGGUCUGGGUGAUGAGAACAAAGCUCCUGGGGAGGUCCCUAAAGAGGAGCUGAAGCCCAAGAGGAAAAGCUCCAAAAACUCUUCCCAACGCACCUGGUUCAAAAGUUUCUUAAAUUUCAUCUUCAAGAAGAGUUCUGAGGAGCAGAAGGAGAACACGGGGCAGAAAGCGAAGGAGAAAGAUGCCAAAGCUCCUCACAGCUCCAAACAAGAAGGAGCUAAAAAGCCUGGAGGGGACUCGAGCAUGUCCCCACCGCUGGGCAGAGCCCCCAAGAGGAGACCCAGCCUCAAGAGGGUUUUCUCCUUCAAGAAGCACACGGAGGAGGAGCGGGCAGAGGCGGGGAGGGUCCAUCAGCAGGUUACCCCACCCAGGCACAGGUUUUCCUCCCCUCUGGCCAACAAGGGAUAUGUUGGUUUAGUUGGAACAGAUGAGGAGCAGCCUGAUGGUUUCUACACACGAGUCUCAGAAGAGGUUGGGCUGCUGGUGCAGGGCAGUGAGGGGGGCAGAGGACGUGGGGAGCAGCCCCCAGGCGACCAGGGGGUCGAGGAGGCCAUCAAGAGAAUUGUGGCCCUGCUCCAGAGUGCAGGAGAUGAGCUGGACAGGCAGAUGAAGGAAGACCCCCGGCUCUGGGUGUUCUUCAGAGACAUGUCCUACAGCUCCUUCAAGGACCUGGCUGAUUCCUACGUCCAGCAGGAGCUGACGGGCAGCAGACCCAACGUCAACCCCCAAGAGAUCCAGUUUGCCUUUGCAGUCCACUUCACAGCCAGGGUGGCAGGCAUCUGCAACCAGGCAGUCAACAGGGUCAUGGGCUUUGGCACCCGCUACCUGGAAGACUCAUUUGCACCCUUGUCCUACAGCAAAAUCCUCCAGCCAUUCCCUUUCCAGAAGAAGGAGAUUUCUUGA